GUGACUGUUAGCUGCCUUCACCGACACUCUGAUCAGCCAGUCCACCAAUACUGUCAUUAUCUUUCCUCGCUUGUAUUGUUAUGGCAAGGAAGACGGAUUAUUAUCUCUCCCAGUGCGCUCUUGCUGCUAGCAAGUCAUCCAUGACAUACCAUCUUGGUGCAGUACUCGUAAAAGGAGGCAAAGUCAUAUCAACGGGCUAUAAUCAUCAUCGCACGCACUACGACGGAAACGACAUACUGAAGCACGGUCAUCGCAAACCCACUUCCAUGCACGCAGAAAUGCAUGCCAUCUUUAGUUUGACUGGCAUGUCUCCUUCAUUUAAGCAGCAAGUUCAACUCUCGCUGCGACGUACCGCUGCAGCCAAAAGAAGGCCGCGGUCUGAAACAUGUCCCACACAACCUGGACGCAACGCGCCCACACGGCAGCGCGUAAACGGUGCAGAUAUCUAUGUUGCGCGCGUCAUCAAAAAUGGCCUGGGCGCCGCAAAGCCUUGUUGGCGAUGCAUACACUGGUGUUGGUGGUUCGGUGUGAAGAGGAUAUUUCAUUGGAAUCCUGUCAUCGGAGAUUUCGAGGUGUUAAAAGUAAACGAAGGUUUUAAAGAUCACUACGAGACGCAAACCGAUGUACGACUUUUCGCGCGUUUAAAACUACUGAAUGAAUAAUGGAUUAUUCCCUUGCAUGAGCCAUGAUGAACCAGUAUACUGUAAUGGGAAUCUUUGACCCGUGAAUCGAGUGAGAUGGGCAGGCACUGAUCCCCGACCGGGAAUAUCGGUGCCACACGUAGGUUAGAAGAAGGUUUCAGAAAGCUUACUGAAAAAUAAAUGCAUACUUUUAGAAAGG